AUGAUGUCCGAAUCUACGAAAGAGUAUUUAUCUGCAAAACUUCAUGAAAACUGGUUAAAACGUAUUAAUUCUGGUGAAAUGACAUGGACUAUAGAACAACAAGAUAAUUCAUUGACAAAUUUAGAUUGGUUACUAAAUUUCAAUCCAACCAAUAAUACGCUUUGGUCGUCAUCAUCAUCAUCAUCAUCGUCAACAAAAACAAUGAUAACAACAUCAAUGACGACGAACUCAUCAUCAACAACAACAACAACAACAACAACAGCGGCAGCAACAUCGAUAGCGGCAUGCAAUCCAUCACCACAAAAUUCUUACAUAAUACAUUAUCAUCAUCAUCACCAUCAUCAUCAUUAUCCUGAUCGUGGUUACAUAAUACAUGAGUUCAAUACAACAACUAACAAUUACAGACGAAGUGGUUUUUCAUUGUUCAAUGGGAACACUUUGAAAUUUGAAUAUUAUUCAGUAUCAUCAAAUGUACCAAAACUAUUUCAAAAUAACAAUCAACAGUCAAUAACCUUAACAGAUAUGAAUUUAGCAGUAAACCCAUCAACUACUGCUGACAUGAUAAAUAAUGAUGAUAGUCACGUCAAUUGCAAUACAUUCAAUAAUAGUGGCAAUAAUAAUAAUAACAAUAGCAACAGUAGCAGUAUUAAUGGUAGUAAAAGUAGUAGUAGUAGUAGUAGCAGCAGUAGUAGUAGUAGUAGCAGUAGUAGUAGUAGUAGCAGUAGUAAUAGUAGUAGUAGUAAUAGUAGUAGUAGUAGUAGUGGUAGUAGUAAUAGUAGUAGUAGUAGUAGUAAUAGUCAUCACAACAUUCAUUAUACGGCAUCGAUUAAUCACAAUUCGAUGGACAAUCGUUUUAACACCGAAGAAAAUUAUCAUAAUAUAACAGAGAAUAGUAAAUUAUUCAUUCAUUAUGACACAUUAUCUCUUUAUGAAAAAAAUAAUUAUCAGUACAAUGUAAAUUAUAAACCAAUAUUUAAUUCGCAUACUUUAAUUUACAUGGCUAUGAAUUCAUUAAAAAAGAAUAAAAUCACAUUUAGUGAUAUUUGUGAAUGGAUUGAAACACAUUUUGCUUUUUAUCGUUAUAAGAAAGAGAAGUUUUGGUGGCAAGAUGUUAUUCGUAAGCACCUUACAUGUAGUCCGUGUUUUCGACGAGUACCCAGACGCAAGGAAACCACAGAAAGUUGCUGUGAUUUUUGGCGUAUUAAUCCUGAAUUGCAAAAGCAAUUACUCACUGAUAGAAUCACUCAUAAAUUCUUAGUUGCUUGGAAAAAUCAAACGCUUCCUAAAUUACCUGAUUUGAUAGACGUGAUAGAACAUAGUUCUCCUAUAGUAAAAACAUCAUCAGAAAUAAAUACUUACCGAAGAAAACAUAAUGAUGAUCAUGUUCUCAUUGACAAGGGUCGGAAUAUCAUGACGAAUUCUUUAAAAUGCAGGCGUAUAGAUAAUCCUACAAAUUUAUCUCCACCAAAUUUCACUGAACAAGAACAAUGUGAUUUACAUGAUCAGGAAACUCGUUCAAUAUUCAAUGACAAUUGCCACGGUACAUCGACUUCACCAAUUUCAUCAUUUGACCUAAAUGAUGGUGAUGACAACAAUGACAAUAACAAUGAUAUUUAUAAUCAUGAAAUAUCUGAAGAAGAAUUGUUAAAAACUAGUGGACUGGACCAAAUUCUACCAUUGAAUGAUCUUGAUGACAAUGAAUUACUGGAUCUACUAAAUUUACCAUUUCAUAGUGUUAAUUCAUAUUUAACUAACGAUGGUUGA